AUGCUAAAAAUUGAUGCUAAGAUUAAUAUAAAAUUGGAAAACUUAGCAUUUUCAAAGUAACAAACUGACUUAUUUGCCAUUACUCAAAUUUUAGUAAAAAAGUAAAAUAAUUAUUUUCAACCUCUAAUUUACAAGCUUUACAUUUAUAAUUAUCAUUAAAAAAGAUGUAGAAUUGCAAAAUGCAUUUGUAAUCAAUAAAUCAAUUACAUAGAUUCAAGGGAUGCUGCUGCACUUACUUAUGAAAUUGAUAAAGAUUUUGUUAAUUAAAAAUUAAAAUAGGUAAGAAGAUAUAUCUUUAGUUAAAAUUUUGCAAGUAAUUAACUCUAAUAUUAUAUAAUUCUAUAUGGAGCAUUAUUAGCGAACAAUGGAUGGCCUAUUUAAUCGAUAAAGCACUUUAAUUAAUUAAUGUACGGGAAAUUGAAUUAAAAAACGUCUACUAAAAGCUUAAAUUAGAGCCUUUAAAAUCUUUAUUCUUUUUCUGCAACUUUAAGAAAUGAUUUUCAAUCGUCGACUCAAAUAGAUCCCGAUAAAUAACUUGAGAAUAAAUAGAGGAACAAAAAAAUAAGUUCAUAACAGUAAGUGAUUAAAUAUUAGAUUAAAUUGGAGUUUGUUUAAUUAUCGAAAAUAAUGUACCUUUCAAAUGAAAUUAAAUAAAACUUAAGAUAUAUGUUUGGCACAUCAUAGUUAACUCCAGAAAUGCAUUAUCUAUCUGAAAAAAUAUAAAAUUUUAUGUAACAAGAAAUGAAAUUAGAUGAAUAUAUAAAAGAAAUAAAGAAAAUAGUAAAUAUAAAACUAAAAUAUUUUGAAAAUUUAGUUCUAUAAAUAAAAGAAAUGAAAAUCUCUGAUCUUAUGAAAUCAUUGAUGGAUCUAACCUGCAGAAUGAUUGUAUUAAAAAGUGGAUUAUAGUCCUAAUAUGAAAUUACAAAAAGCAAAAGAAUAAAAUCAUUGUAAAUUUUUUAUGAAGCUGAAGUUUUUUAAAAUUACUUAGAGGCCUAUAAAAUGCAUAGUUAGUCUACUCUAUCAGAAGACUAAAUAACAAUUAAGAAUAAAGAUCUCAAAAUUAAUUUUCAUUCAAAUGAUAUGAGCUAUAUUAUAAUCUAAAUAGAUGAUGAUCUUUAAACAGCAGAAUUAAUAAAAUAUUCAUCAAAUUUGCUCUAAAUGAUUGAUUUUCAUUAAAAUGAAGAGUUAAUUUUUGAAAAAUUAUUAUUACCGUUCAUUUUAAGAGAACAUCCUCUCCUUAUUUCAAGGUUUUUUAAAAUAGGAUAUUCAAAGUAUUUUAAGCGAUUUAGUUAAACAUUUAUUAAAACAGGAAAGAAUAUGGCAAAAGUAGUAGAAUUUAGUUUCGAUAAUGUUAUUUCAUCCAACCAGGAUAAAAUAAUCCUAGUCGGACUAUUGCAAGAAAUUGUAAUUGAAUAAGCCUAUAUACUGGUCGAUGUAAAUUAAGUAGUAGGGGGAAUAACAAAUGCUUUUUUCUAGAUGUUAGGAUACAAUUCUUAAUAAAUUGAUAGUAUAAGUGACUUUUCAAUAUUUUAUUAAUUAAAGAUAUCUUAGAUCAUUCCAAGUUUUAAUGAUUUUAUUGAAAAUGAAGAUUAAUUACCGAUAAUUAAAUUUAAUAAUAUUGAUACUUAUUUCAUAGACUUAGAAGUUUUACUUAAUGAAUUUUAGAAUGAAAACUGCGCAACUUUACAGUAACAGUCUUUAGUAUUAAAUAGACUUUUGGGGAAACAAAUUUAUACAAAGUACUUCCUAUCCAACAUUACAAUUUAAGUUUAUAAACUGUAUGGAUAUUAUUAUUACAUUAUAUAAAUAGAAUAAUCAUUUUAGAGAUUAGAAUACAUGAACAGUUGCAAAACUUAGGAAAGAUUUACUGAUGACAAGAAAAAAACAGAAUUAAUACCAAAUUUGUAAAUAAGCCAAAUAAAUGUAUCUUUAGACGAAGCCUAACCAUAAUUAAUCAAUUUAAUUUCAGUUGGAAGUAGAGAUGGAUAUAUAGAAAAAAAUUAAACUAAUAAUAAUAAUACUGAUUUAGAUGGAGUUCAGGAACUUUAAAAAGAUUAUGUAGAAUAAAAUUUAGAAUAAUUAGGAAUGAUCCUCUCCCCAAAUAAAAGCUGCAGUGAAUUGAUUUCUCAUUAAAAGGAUAAAUUACUUUAAUAAACGUCACAAUAAGACUAUUACACUUUACACACAAAUUUAAAAUAAAAUCAAUAUAGUUAAAGCAAUGAGGCUAAUGAUUGCAGUCUAAAAGGGAAUUAAUUAAUAGAUCAACUAUUUCCUAGUGUUUAAAAAAGCCAUGAAUUUGGAAUCGGUAAUAGUGAGGUAAUCAAGAAGUAUGAAUUAUUAGGUAGGCUAACAAACGAAAAGACACCUUAAAUUUUAAAAUUAUCUAUUAGUACUAUUGUAAUCUUUAUCUUAAUAUAAACUAUCGGUCUCUCAUUAGUAAUCUCUAUUCUUCAUAAUGAUAUUCUUACAUUCAUUUCAGACAUUGAGAUUAUAGCUUUACAUGCAAGUAUCUAAGGACCUCAUGACUUAUUUUUUUCAAUGCGAAACACUAUUUCUGCCUAUCAAUAAAUGGGAAGGGAGGGCUUUAUUCCAAAUUCUAUAGUGCCAAACUUAACAGCACCCUAUGAAAAAAAUUUAGGAUAUGGAUAUUAUGAACUAAGAGAUAGUUUCUAUAAAUAGCUAAAUAAUGAAUAUUUGAGAGGUUUUCUAGAUGGAUAAAGUAUGCAGUUAUUCUUUAUGAAAAAUAAUGAUACAUAAAAUUAUGUUUUUGAAAUAAAAACAUUUAGAGAAUGUUUGUUCAUCAUUUUAUAAUAUCAAUAUGCAUAAAUGAGAGUUUUGUAGAAUAAAUUAAGCUCCUCUGGAUAACCUUUUCAAGUAUUUUUAUUUUCAAAUUACUAUAACAUACAAGAUAAACUUGAAAAUAUAACAAGUGAUAUACUAUCAUUCUCAAAGACAAGAAGUAGAUAAGUUGGAAAAAAGUGGACUUCAAUAGGUGUUUGUUUUUCUAUUAUAACAUUGAUGAUAGCCUUUACUAUUUUAGUUUAGUUUCAUCAAUAUUAUAAAUUAUAUGAUAGAUUUUUGUAGUUAUUAAAUUUUGUGGAAAAAUAAAAAGUACAAAUGGAAAUCGACAAACUUAAUCAAAUAUAGAAAUUAAUGACUUCAAAUUAAGAAUUUAUAUAUUCAUAUUAGUUUGAUCUUCAACGCUAAGAAUAAUUGAUGAACAAUUAUGAAUCUUUAAAUAAAAUAUCAAAUGCUAAGAAAAAUGUUGAAAGCAAUUCAAAAAUUAAAUCUUCAAGAACCAAUUUCUUAAUUAUUUGGAUAUUUAUUGCUUGCAUAUUUUAAGUUUAUAUAAUUGCUAUUUUAGUAAAAACAAAUGAUUAUAUAAGUAAGUAUGAAGAUACUGCAGAUUUUUACUUUAUGAUCUAAAAUUUAAAAUUCAGAAGUGGAUCAUUAUAUAUGUAUAGAGAACAUCUUUUCCGAUUUAAAAAUUUUACUUAUUUAACAGCUUACGAUUUAGAUAGAGCAUAUUUACUAAUUGACAAAGCAUAAAUUAAUAUUUAGCAAUAUUUAGAUUUUACAAGUUCCUUUUAAGCAAAUAAAUAUUUAUUAUCUGACUAAUUUAUUUCUUUUUUUGAAUAUUAGUAAACUCAUGAUCUCUGCGAAUUUGUAGAUUAAAUUUAUCUCAAUUUUAUGUCAUUGUAUUGUGAAAAGUCAUUUGAUGGCCUAUUAAAAACAGGUUCAAUAUCAGUUCUUAAUUUUAUGUCAAGUCAAAUUAAAAGUUAAUAAGCUGUUAAUAAUUUUACUAAAAGAGCUGAAGUAAAUCUGUAUGAAUUAGAAGGGUCUUAAAUAGUUAUUAGAUCAUUUUUUAGGAUUUCAGAUGAAUUUUAGGUAGGAUUGAAAUAAAUUACCACCGAAUAAAAUGAAUUCAAUCUCAUAAUUACGGUAAUAUUUAUUUGCUAUUUGAUUAUUUUCUUAUAUAUCCUAUUAUUCAUAGCUAAAUAACGAUUGAUAAAAUAAUAUGCUUAGUUAAGAAAUAUAGUAUAUUUGAUGCCUUAAUAGAUUAUAUUAGGAGAUGAAUCAUAUAAGAGGUUUCUAAAAUAGUUAGCAUUGACCUAAUAAUUAACAUUGAUACAUAUUCACACAUUAUUUAAUAUAUUGUCACUAGCUAGGGCUUGA